AUGACCUUACCGAAGUCGACAUGCGAAAACAUUGCCAAACAUCUCCCAAUCUCAUACCGCGAAGAUCUGGGCCUUUAUAUCUGGAACAUCGACGAGGGUCGAUACAGGAACAUUGUUCGCUCCGCGUCAGCGCCCUCAUUCGCGUUCAUGGGCGAAGACAACACUGCUGGUUUCACAAUCAACGUACCUUUCCGCUACCUGAACUUGACACUGGAACCGCCUUUGACAAAUGGCGCCGUCCAAUACUUUCUAUGCAGUACGGGGGGCGAUAAAAACGCCGUCCUCGGUCGUGCCUUUCUCCAGGACGCCUUCUUGGGCGCCAACCGGGAGAGAGGAGCAUUUUGGCUAGGCCAAGCUCCCCGGCCAAAUAUCCAAAGCCGCUCAGACCAUUUCACAAUCGACUCGGAUGGCACUACGAUAGAGACCAGCUCGAAUGACUGGGAGACAUCAUGGGAUGGGUUCUGGGAGGUCCUGGAGAGCGCUGAGCCUUCUCCCGCUCCUUCGUCCGCUCCUUCUGCUUCUGCUUCUGCCUCACCUUCUCUUCCGCCGUCCACCGACGAGAGCAUGUCAAUGGGCACGAACAUAGGAAUUGGAGUUGGCACCGGUGCCGCAGUCCUCUUGCUCUUUGCCGGGCUUCUGCUCUGGAUGCGGAAAAGGUGA